AUAGUUAGCUACUCUGGGAUCCAGCUCAUCCCUGGUGGCGCCCUGCAGAAACGAAAAUAACACAUUAUAGAGAUUAUACUACUGGGAACAGACUUGUUUUUAAAAGUCUGCUAGUCGUGGUUGUUACCGGGCUGAUGCGACAGGAGCGCUUGAUAUGCUGACCCGGCCUCUCUGGACAUGGCAUUGUGGCCAUUGGCGUUAAGGCUAAUUUAGCUAGUUAGCUCAGCAGGCUAUGUUGCUGGGCGGUUGGCUGUAACGUCGACUAGCUUAAAGUUAGCUUGCUCGGCUGUGUUAGCCACAGGGUAGACUCGUACUUAUGGGGACAAGUGUAGCAGCAGCAGCAGCGCCGCUUAACUCAAUACGUUAGUCUUGUGGCGAACAUUCAUUUUGUUUUUAGGGAAACGGAGGAGCUAGUGUGGCUAUCGUUAGCUCAGUGAGCUUGCUAGCAUGCUGGAGCAGUUGAGCGGGGUCUGAGUCGCCUGCCUCUGCCGCCUCGCUCCAGCGCUCUCCCGGGUCGGUAGCUAGCUGCUACAGGGCAUUGUGCGGUAUGUAGCUAUGGCAUGCUAACCAUCCAUCAGGAAAGUUCAUGACUGAUCCUAACAUUGCAGAAAAUGUUGGUAGUGGGGACUGACCAUGCAACCGUUGUGUGAUGAGGUGUAGCGGUGACGUUAUGGCGGUUAACAGCCAGUGUUAACCUCCUCCACACAGACGACGGGGCCUUGCUGUGGCUUAUCGGCUCCACACCGCGUUAGCUAGCUGAUCUCACGGCCGCUCCGUCGCCUGAUUCCUGAGGUUUCCUCUUCAACUGUAAAGUUAGCGAAGUUUGCAGAGCAACAAUGUGACGUGGCCGAGCUGGUUGAGCAUUUUGAUGACUUGUUGACGGGCAUCGUUAGCUAGCAAAGGGAACAACUCGGGAGGCAUGGCCCAGGAGAAGAUGGAGCUGGAUCUGGAAAUCCCAUCGUCGUUAGUUCAGACCGAUGGACACUUGAGGAGAUCCAACAGUGCACCCAUGAUCAAUGGCUUAAGUGAUAACUCCCAAGUGUUCCAGAGAGAGGUCCUACGCUGCAGGAGAAACAGCACUACAGUUGUAAACGGGCCCAACAUGGUCCCUUCAUCCCCUAUCCGUGUCCCAAGCACCAGACUUCAUCAGAUCAAACAAGAGGAGGGUGUAGAUGUGAUGAACAGAGAAUUUGCUCACGAGCGGGAAACUCAGAGUGCCAUGCAGAUGAGCCAGUCCUGGGAAGAAAGCCUUAGUCUGAGUGACAAUGAUUUGGAGAAGUCGGUAUCAUCGUCUCCCAAGCGCAUCGACUUUGUCCCUGUGUCGCCGGCCCCAUCCCCAACCAGAGGGAUCGGAAAAAAGCAGUGUUUCUCUCCUUCAUUACAAAUCCUUGUAAGCAGCAAUGGCCUAACACCCAGCCCAGUACCCAGCCCGACACGGCGCUUCAGCCGACGCAGUCAAAGUCCCAUCAACUGCAUCAGAGCCAGCAUACUGGGGCCAAUAAAACGCAAAGGAGGUGAGAUGGAGACGGAGAGUCAACCCAAGAGGCUCUUCCAGGGCACCACCACCAUGCUGUCCUCCGACAUGUCCAACCUGUCAGAUCUGAGUUCUUGUCACUCUCCAGAUUUACUGGAUGCCAGUCUCAGCAGCGUCGGCUCCUCCAUCGACUCCCCAGGCAAAAUGGAGGGGGUGUCGCCCUCCUCAUCCAGCAACUCGCCCUUCGCUUCCCUCCAGGAUUUGUCCCCAAAAUGAGAAGGGUUGGAAAAAAGACACUAAAAAGGACUGGCAUAGGGGGGGGAACCAGUUUCCUUUUCAGACCCUCCACCUCUCCAUCGGCUAGAUUUAGUAUAAUGUCCCCUGCGUUGGCUUCUGGGCGACUGUUUUUCAUGGCUGCUCUGUGGAGGGUCUAGAUAGGUUUUGAAUUAAGGAAAUGAAAGCCAUGGACGAGGUUUGGUGUUUACAGAGAUUGAAGAGUGAAACUGGGGAUGACUGAAGUCACAGAGCAUCAGCUGCUAGUUGAGGAUCUUGGAUGGUGCUUGGCUUCAUAGUGAUAUUGUGUUUUUUUUUUUUUUUAAGUGGCUAUCCUGUAAAACUGUCCCACCAGUUCCCCUCACUGGAAAGAGACAUUGAGCACUGGACAAAAAGAAAAGAGACUAUUCGGAUGUGUACAUUUCUCCAUAUUUUUUGUGCUGGAAAACUUGUCUUCAGGCCUUUGUAUGUACACCGUCUGCAUAUUUUGUAAGAAAAGAUUUAACUUAUUGUUUUUUCCUGCUUUGUUUGUAAUUAUGUACAUAUUAACCUCGUCAGAUGUCGUACAUAGUUUUAAAUUUGGCUGUUGGGUGAAUGUGGGCACACAAACAGCGAAGGUUUUCUUUGUUAAAAGAACGUAAACUACUUCUGGGGUUCGGCAGAUUCAAAAUAUUUUUAUGAGACCGGCUGUGAACUGGUGAAAUUCUCAGUUGGACUUGUUUGUGCCCGUCACUGUUCGUUACUGCAACAUUAACCGCUCAGUGGAUGGAAGGACAUGAUCUGUCAACACUAACAGUUCCUCUGUAUCCUGUGUUCUUUUCAGGAUGGACAUGAUGUUCUUUUUUUUCUAAAAAAUGUUUUAUUUAUGGAGAAAACGGUUUAUAUGAAUUGGAUGGUGAUAGGUUUCUAUCUCAGUAAAAAAAAAAAUGACCCAUUUGUAUUGUCAUUUACACCAAAUCAGCUGGCUGCCUGAAUUAAUUGGCAGUAAAAUCAAAAUGGCACCAUAGUGAGUGAAGAGACUGCUGUUUCUGCUGUGUUGUUACAUUUAUUAAAAGCUUUUUUUGUUGCACAGGACCCUCAAUCCUGUUGUGUUUCCAGCCUGUGUGUAAGUCUUACAAAGGGAAGACAUGACACUGAAAUAUUAGCUUUCUGUUGAAGAGCCCAAGAAAUGCUGCAUGUUGAGGUUCAACCUGUACUUCCUGUCAUUCAUAUCUCUUGUGUAACUUACACGGCUCAACCCCAUCGCCUUCCAGGAGUAUGUACAAAAGGAAGUGAUUGUAAAUCAUUUUAUGGAAGUGUGCCCUUUUCAAUUUAAGGAAAAGUUUUGGUUGCAGUCCUUCUACUGAAUGUUUAUUUUUUUAUUUUUACAAUUGAAAAAAUGUUUCAGGGGAGAAGCAGUUGGCUUGCUGUGCUGCCAACAAGGUAUUUGAGAUAAACCUUUUUGUCAUCUGUAGAAGCAUUGAGGGCACAAAUCUAGCAGAUAUUCCUAUUCGACACUGCGUUUGUAAUGGAAAGGCUGUAUUCUUUCAAGCUGGCCAACAUCUCGCCUACGCUUGUGUAUUUUGUGAUCGCAAUUGUAGUGAACAUAAGGACAAAAUAAAUUAUUUCUUUAUGA